GUUAGCCCUAACCUCAGAAAGAUUUUGUUUGGACAAAUAGUUUUUGAAGUUGCAAGAUGCCUUCGAAGAAAAGGAAAUACAAUGCUAGAUUUCCUGCGGGAAGAAUAAAAAAAAUAAUGCAAACAGAUGAAGAGGUUGGAAAAGUAGCACAAGCUGUACCAAUUAUAAUCUCUAGAACUUUGGAACUUUUUGUUGAAUCCUUAUUGAUGAAAUCUACACAGAUCACACUUUCAAGAAAUGCUAAAACAUUAACUCCAUCUCAUAUGAAACAGUGUAUACUUGCUGAAAGUCGUUUUGAUUUCUUGAAAGACCUAGUCAAGAAUAUACCUGAUGCCAGUGCACAAGAGGAUAAUGAAAAUAAUUUACUUUUCGAUGCAAGCUUGGAGAACCCCGAAUCAACAAGUGUUAGUGCUAUUGCGCCAUAUUCCAGACAAAUAUCUCAAGUUGAUGAAAAUAAAAAAUCAAAUACUGUGAUAAGGUAUGGGCCUUGUAUGCCACAUGAUAGUGCCGCUACCAGUUCAAGUACUGUAACUAGAAGAAAAUCAAUAACACAAUCAAAUUCAAGGGAUAGCAAUAAUAUUUCCAGAGAGGAAAAUUCAAAUAGCACACAAUCUGCUGAAGAUGAUACGAAAUCUGAUGAUAUUUCAAGUGAUGAUGAGAAACCUGCUAAAAUUCUCAAAUUGGUUUCUGAGGACGUACCACCUCUCAUCCCCAUAUUAUCUCAUAGUAAGAAUGAUGUUCUGGUCAUUGAUGAAGAUUAUGACAAUUAAAUAUAACAAGACGAGUGAGCAACUUAAUGUGUUACAUUUCAAUGAAUUGUAUUAUUAAUGAAUGUUAAUAAUUUUUUUAGGAGUAAUUCAUUAGGUUCAAUGUAAUUUAUUUACAGUAUUCCAUUGUAUAAUAUCAGAUAUCCUUAGACUUUUGUGUAGUUCUAUUACAUGGGAUAUACAUACUUCACAAAGUUUUUCCAACUAUCAUAAGAUUCCAACUGAUUUGUUAACAAUAAAUUAUUAUUUAUUUAAGUA